CAAAAAAGCAGGCGACUGCGUUUGUGACUCGACACUCCCACGUGCAGAGUUUCACGAGCUGUUAGAGAAUGUACGGGAACAACCAAGGGAAUCAGUACCCUCAGGGCUACCCCAACCAGCCUGGGGGAUGCCCGCAAUAUCCUUCUGGAGGAUACCCUCAGUAUCCACCAGGUGGCUGUCCUCCUCAGCCCUGCUGCACACCUUGCUGUGAAUCGAGUCAUGGACAUGGACAUGGGCAUGAUCAUGGGCAUGAUCAUGGGCAUGGGCAUGAUCAUGGGCAUGGGCAUGGUCAUGGGAAUGAUCAUGGGCAUGCUCAUGGGCAUGGCCAUGGACAUGGACAUGAUCAUGGACACGGGCAUGGUCAUGGUGGUCAUUGUCAUGGCAAACACAAGCACAAGCAUGGCCACAAGCAUGGCAAGUGCCACAAGAAAGGAAAGGACUGCCAUGGGUCGUCCAGCAGUUCCUGCAGCAGCGACUCUGACUAGACGAAAUCCCCCAAGAUGCCAGCAGAAAUGUGAAGGAUACCCCAAAAAUAAACAUUGGAAGAUA